GCUGUGUAAGCUGAUUGCUCGCACGUCAAAAGCUGCGGGAUACGGGGAGGAGGAGAAAGAGAGAGAAAUGUGGGAAGCCGGACGGUUGAGCAGCGUGCAGCCAGAGGAGAGGGAGAAAGUCCAGGGCUGAUGCCGUAGAGUUGGGAUCUUACUGACCCUCACCUCCGGGGAGGGAGAGAGAGAGAGAGAGAGAGAGAGAAAGAAGUUGUAGAUCCAAGAGGAACACAAGGUUGAGCGAACCUCAGGGGCGCGGGCCACCCCACCCCAACCACCACCGGCGAGAGCUAGGAAAACCAUGGAGACGAUGGCAGAGAAUGUCGGCAGCAGCUACAACUGGCAAAAACGCUGCAUGACGCUGGAGUCCCAGCUCCUCCGGUUUAGGCUGCAGGCUGGCAAGAUCCGGGAGCUGUUGGCCGAAAAGAUGCAGGAGUUGGAACAGAGAGUGAUUAAGGCUGACCAGCGAGCGGAGAACGCAGAGAAACAGGUGCAGGCAAUGCAGGAGAAAUUGAAAGCAGCCAACAUCCAGACCAGCGAAUCAGAGAACAGUUUGUUCAAGAAGUACCAGGAACUCACCAAUACGCUGCAGGAAAAGGACGACGCGAUUCAGAAGCUGGAGCAACAGUUAGACAAACAGAACCAGUUGAGAGCACAGGAGGCGAAGGUGAUUGAGGAGAAGGCUGUCAGGAUCAAAGAGUGGGUGACGUUUAAGUUAAGAGAGCUGGAGUUCGAAAACCAACAUCUCAGAGUAACUACCCAGAAGCAAGCUGAACAGAUUCAGGCCCUGCAUGCCAAGAUUCAAGACUCACGGAGCGAGCGACCGGGAGCUGACGCGACGACGGUCGUGGCCCCCGAAACCACCCCUGUGGCUCAGUCCCGGCCCGCGGCGGCGGGUGAGGAGCCCUGCGCCGAGGAGGGGGAGGAGUGGCCUGGAUGGAUCGCCUUGGAGGGGGAGGAGGGUCGGGCCGAGGCGGGGAGUAGGCCGGUCCGGCCUGAGGCCUGCCCCCUGGAGCCCGGUCCAGGCCUGGAGGAGGACAGCGGAGGCGGGCCCGAGGUCAGGCCCCCGCUGCGGGCCGCCCGGGAGAUGGUGGUGGUGAAGGGCUGCUCAGCGCCGACAUCCGGCGAAGGCACCACCCAGAGGCCAAGGUCCACCCUGCCAGCCUUGGCGGCCAGGGAGGGCCCUGUGGUGACCAGCAUGACCUUGCCCAAGGCCAGGACGCCACUGGCGCCGAGGGACAGCAUCCAGCUGGCGAAGAAACACCUCAGCCAGCCGCAGGCCGGGGCCUCCGACAGGCCCCACCGCCUUGUCCGCAUUGACAUCGUCUGCCCCGCCUUCCAGCCGGCUGGUCCAGCCCGGCGGCCCAUCCGGGUCCAGGAGACGGACAUCGACGACGUUCCCGAGCGGAUGGACACGGAAGAGUGCGAAGGCACCCCGGCCCGGGACGGCUCCCUUCCAUCCCCACCGUCACCACCACCACCACCGCUGUCACUACCGGCGUCGAAGGAGGCUUCAGUGGAUUCAGAAAGGUCUUCCUCCAGGAACGAGCCUCCCCCUCCCCCCCUGCAUCGUUUGCCCUCCUGGGAAGGUCGAAUAUAUGCCCUGGCCAAGUCUGGCAUGAGGAUGUCGGAGGUGACCCUGGCUAGCAGCUCCUCCAAGAGAUUGUCAAACAUUCCAGGGAGUGUAACCUCUGGGCCUUUCACUCAUCUCAUUUACAAGAAUGUGACAGUUCCUGUCUACACCACUCUGAAAGGGAAAGCCACGCAGAUUAGCAACGUUCCCUUCCCGGACGAGUCCUCGGGAUCCGACGACGACAGCAGUUCCCAAGCCAGCUUCCGAACGUCUGCCGUGGGACCGGAGCCGAGGAAAAACAGCGGACCCGGAAGCCCCCGAGCUGUGAAAAGAGGGGUUUCGAUGUCCUCGGUCAGUUCCGAAAGCGAUUACGCCAUCCCUCCCGAUGCCUGCUCUGUGGACAGCGAUUACUCCGAGCCGGAGCACAAGCUGCUGCGGACCUGCUCUGUCUACUCCGCAGAGAGCAACUGCACCGAGCCUUUGGAGAAAUCUGGCUAUCUGCUGAAGAUGGGAGGCCAGGUCAGGACAUGGAAGAGGCGGUGGUUUGUGCUGAGAAAUGGAGAGAUCCUAUACUACAAGUCACCAAGUGAUGUCAUCCGGAAGCCACAGGGUCGGAUCGAGCUGAGCUCCUCUUGUCGUAUCAUUCGGGGUGAAGGAGCACAAACCUUCCAGCUGGUGACCGGGAAAAGGACGUACUAUCUGACGGCGGACUCACCGAACAUCCUGGAGGAGUGGAUCCGGGUCCUCCAGAGCAUUCUGAAGGUCCAGCUCGCCGGCCCAGUCGUCCCACAGACAGAAUCGAAACCCUCUGUCCGGGGCUGGCUCACCAAGGUGAGGCAUGGCUACUCCAAACUGGUCUGGUGCUCCCUUGUUGGAAAAGUCUUCUACUACUUUCGGAACCAAGAUGACAAGUUUCCGCUGGGCCACCUGAAAGUCCGAGAAGCUAAAAUUGGAGAGGUGGACCGCUCCUGCGACUCUGAUGAGGAUUACGAGGCAGGAGGCCGGGGGUUCCUGUCCUCACACUUCACUGUGAUCAUCCAUCCAAAGGAUCAAAGUCCGACUUACCUGCUGAUUGGGACUAAACAGGAAAAGGACACCUGGCUCUACCACUUGACCGUGGCAGCUGGGAGCAGCCAGUCGAAAGUGGGAACAGAGUAUGAGCAGCUUAUCGGAAAACUGCUGGAUAUCGAUGGGGAGCCAAACUCACUGAUGUGGAAGCACCCUGUGCUCUGCUGCAGCAAGGAUGGUAUUGUGAAUGCCCUCACCACACUCCCUUCAGAUGCUCUGCAGACUGAGGCACUCAAGCUGUUCAAGUCAUGCCAACUGUUCAUCAAUGUGCUGGUCGAGGCACCUUCGAUUGACUACCAUGUGUCGCUGGCGCAGAAUGCACUGCAGGUUUGCCUGACUCACACGGAACUGCAGAAUGAGAUCUACUGCCAGUUCAUUAAACAGACCAGCCACAGGGAGCCUCAUAACUUCUCCCUCAUCCAGUGCUGGCAACUCCUGGCUCUGUGCGUUGCUCUUUUCCUUCCCCAGCAUCACUUCCUGUGGUAUCUGAAGCUUCACCUGCAACGCCAUGCUGAUCCCAGGACUGAGAUAGGUAAAUAUUCCAUCUACUGCCAGAGGUCGGUGGAGCGGACUCUGAGGAAUGGGGACCGGGAAGCCAAGCCAUCCCGGAUGGAGAUAAUGUCGAUCCUCCUGCGAAAUCCCUACCACCACUCGCUCCCUUUCAGCAUACCAGUCCAUUUCAUGAAUGGGACAUACCAGGUUGUGGGCUUUGAUGGUUCCACCACAGUCGAGGAGUUCUUGCACACGCUCAACCAGGAAAUAGGGAUGAGAAAGCCGCUACAUUCGGGAUUCUCACUCUUUACUGAUGAUCCUUCUGGAAAGGAUUUGGAACACUGUCUGCAGGGCACUGUGAAGAUUUGUGAUGUGAUUUCAAAGUGGGAACAAGCACUAAAGGAACUACACCCUGGUAAAUAUGAAAGUAACAGGAUUGUACGGCUGAUAUAUAAAAGCAGAAUGUAUUUCAGAGCUCAGGCGAAGGGUGAAACGGAGCGAGAGCGCCUCCUGCUGACCUAUCAGGUUAAUGACGAGGUGGUGAAUGGACGUUUCCCUGUAAACAAAGACCUGGCUUUGGAGGUGACUGCUUUAAUGGCACAGGUGGAAUACGGUGACCUGGCACGUCCCAUUCCGUCCAGUCCAGGGAGCAGCUCCCAGUCUAAGACACACCAGUUUCUGCAGCAGGUUCUGGAGAAAUUCUAUCCAAGGCACUACAGACAAGGAUGCACGCCACAACAGAUCAGGCGACUGGCAGACACGCUGGCCACCAAGUGGAUGCUUCUGAGGGGUUGCAGUGGAGCUGACUGCGUAAGAAUCUACUUGACUGUCGCCCGCAAGUGGCCACUCUUUGGAGCAAAGCUCUUCACGGCAAAGCCAGUUGCCCCCUCACUCCUUGACGAGAAGCCUGUGUGGUUAGCAGUGAAUGAAGAUGGUGUCAACAUCUUGGAAUGUAGCACAAUGCAUCCUGUGGUAAAUUAUCCCUAUCCCUCGGUCUUGACUUUUGGAGGUUGUCGCGAUGACUUUAUGAUUGUGGUCAGCAAAGCCAAGGAUGGGAACCCAGUGAAAACCACCGUUGAGAAACUGGGGUUUGCCAUGGUGAAGCCUAAGAUCCUGGAGUUGACCCUGAUACUUGCCAGCUACAUCAACCACAGCAACUGUCACUCGUCGUUGGCCUCACCUAAUCCUCCACCCGCAAGCCUCUCGGGCAAGAAACUGUGGGAGAUCGACAGCAAGCAUUUCCCAAGUAUGACGCGGACCACACAGGGUCCCACCCUGCUCUGAGACCCCAGCCCCAAGCAGUGGCUGAAGACACAGUGCUGUGACCCUGGCUACCAGAGGACAAACCACUUGGACGAUCCAAAUGGUGCACGGAUCACCAUUCGGACCUGGACCCUCUCUAUUGCAGCCUGUACUUAAGUGCUCGAGUAGCGUUUAGACUUGAUUUCUUUGUUGUUUUGAUAGUUCGCAAAUUUCCACCGUACACCUCACGUGAGUUCAGUGUGCCAGUCCCAGCAGGCUCCAUGCCAUCGGUGCUAAGGCUGGUCCGUACGCAGUAAACCGAAAUGGUGCAGGCUGUUGGGAAGGGCACCUGCUAUCAGGAAAAGCACCCUGAGCUGGGAAAGGCCUUUCUCCGAAGCUGUUCCCUCCUUUUAUCCCAUUCCGCCUAAGGGUUGAGUCGUCUGUAAACAAAGCAGCACCCACCUCCUAUUACAUUCUGGUGGGCUUCAGCACACAAGGGCAAGGUUGUGACACAGAUUUUGUUACCAGUAAAUUGGCUGUGACUCCAAGGUUGUAAGGUUCUCAGCAGAAGCCAGAACCCUUUGCGUAAGAACGAGAAAUGGAUCACAGCAGCAGCAGGGCCAAAGACCUCUUCUUUCAGGCAUCCUGGCACUGUCCUUUUGUCAGGCAAAAGAACCAUCAGUGCAGUCAGUUAAAGUUGCACUGGCACGUUAACUGAGGAACAACAGCACCCGCGUCUACCACGCUGGCCAUCUGUCUGUGCGGAGGUUGCACAUUCUCCUUGUUUCCUCCCACAGUCCAAAGACGUGCAGGAUAGGUCAGUUGGCUGUGCCAACUGGGUGAAGAUUGGGUGGAUUAGCCUUGGGAAAUGCAGGGUUACAGGGAAGGGAGGUGGGAUGCUCUUUGGAGGACCGUUGAGGACGCAUUGGACCGAAUGGCCUGUGAUUCUAUACCAAUCUGCACCCGCCAUAGGAGUCUGCACCCACUACUCCUUCAGGUCCUACUGUAUGAAUGUGUUAGAUUUGUAAAGCUCAUAAAGCCUCAAAAGAAUACACUGCUCUUGUUAAAUUUGGUUUCAGGCUGUCAUGUAAGCAGGCUGAGUAUGUGCCAUUUUGAAGGAUGCCCAGCAGCAGGAGUCUCCCUCAAACGCAUGCCAUCACAGUGUGAAUGAUGCAGGAGUGACCCUUUGAACAUAAAGCAUGCUGGUCACAGAGUCUAAGUAUUUUUGAAGUUCCCCAAACUGAAGUUCAAUGUUACUUACAGACAACUUUUGAUUUCGAGCUCAGGUUUUCAGUCAGCAUGAACAUGGGAGUGAAUGAUGGGACCAUAGAGUCCAGGCGAAGAGUCAGUCAAAGGCUGUCAUUACCUCUAGGAAGAUGAACCAAGGCAGCCUGUGGACAUCUCUUCUCCAUAAGUAACUGCUACCUUGAGAAAGUUGAGUUGGUGGUCCUGGUCAUUUCCUUGCUUUACUGAGGGUUGCUUGUGCCAUUGUAGCUACCUCAGAGGGCAGACAUUUCAUGCGGGUCCAUCAGUGAACCAGUUGCUUUUCUGUUCCUCUGUUCCAACCCAGCUUUCAUUCCAGACCCCUCAGUUGGAGAUUUUGCAAUCAUGCCCUGUGCCAUUACCACUAAAUAAAAACCGAAAUAACUGCAGAUGCUGUAAACCAGGAACAAAAGGAAAGUUGCUGGAAAAGCCCAGCAGGUCUGGCAGCACCUGUGAAGGAAAAGACAGAGUUAACGUUUCGGGUCCGGUGACCCUUCCUCAGAAUCCCUUUCCAGGAAAACCCUUUUCCCAGUUCUGAGGAAGGGUCACCGGACCCGAAACAUUGACUUUUUUUUUCCCCCCUUCACAGGUGCUGCCAGAGCUAUAAGACCAUAAGACGUAGGAGUGGAAGUAAGGCCAUUUGGCCCAUCAAGUCCAUUCCGCCAUGUAAAUCAUGGCUGAUGGGCAUUUCAACUCCACUUCCCUGCACUCUCCCCGUAGCCCUUGAUUCCUUUGUGAGAUCAAGGAUUUGUCGAUCUCUGCCUUGAAGGCAUCCAACGUCCCGGCCUCCACUGCACUCUGCGGCAAUGAAUGCCACAAGCCCACCACACUCUGGCUGAAGAAAUGUCGUCUCAUUUCCAUUUUAAAUUUACCCCCUCUAAUUUUAAGGCUGUGCCCACGGGUCCUAGUCUCCCCGCCUAAUGGAAACAACUUCCUAGCAUCCACCCCUUCUAAGCCAAGACCCUGCUGAGCUUUUACAGCAACUUUUGUUUUUUGUGCCAUUACCACUAUACCUGGUUCCACCAGGAUCAGUUACAUUCCGACCCCAUUGCUGCUGCUUUUAAAACCUACAGCCCUCAUUGAGUUAAAGCAGUGUCCCUGGUGAAUAAUGUCACUUGACAAACCACACCCCCAACCAAAACCACCUGUUCCACCCAAAUGACCCCAGUUCAUUGGAAAACGUCCUUUGGUGCACUGAUAAAACGGUCUAAUGGUGUUUGUGGUUACCUACUGCUGCUGGUUUUGGCUUAGCCUGUUCUGUUACAUUUACGAUGCACAGUGAGAUUUGUGUGGAGUGUAACACCCAAGGUUUUGGGGAAAGAACAGUAUCCUGUUUACUGUUGGUGUUAGGGGAACAGGCCUGUCCAGUGAAGACUACGCUAGUGAUUCCUUCACGUAGAGCUGCGGGUGAACCUUGUCGCCAGUAGAUGUGUAGCAUUCUUUAACCACUUAGUUCUUUCACAGAGACUUGAAGAUGACGUUUUUGUUCGAAGAUCGGUAUGAAGCCUAAACAGCCGAUACAGAACAAAUAACAUUCUCACCAAGCAAAGAGUGUUGUCCCUGACGAUUGUGAGUGUAAAUACACCACACUGUAUAGUAUAUUAUUGAAUACUUGAAUGUGACAGGGACAGACCCAUUUCUGUGAAUGGUUAUGCCCAAUGUUCUGUACCUCUUAUUUAUUCUAACCGUUUAAGUGAACACUGUGAUUUUCACACUUAAAUUUGAGCAGUUGCCUGUAUUUUGGGAAUCAUGGUGUGAUUUAAGAGGGUAAUACUGGAAUGUUCCCACACACCCUCCAUCCAUGACUGCUAGUAGUCAAAAUAAAGUGCUAACAUAAA